AUCAUUCCCAAAUCGUGUUGUUCCUCCAAAUCCUGCCGUGGACCCAGUCGCAGGAAAAACUAGAGAUAGUUAAGAAGAAUUGUGACGUUUUGAAGAAGCAAUUGGUGCCUAGAGGACGUCGGAUUCAAUUUGGAUGCUUGAUGUUUGUUGGAAGUCCACAGUGAGUAGAUACCCUCGUUUGUUUCAGAUUCCAUUUGUGAAAGUGGAGUGGGCACUGGAGUUCUGCUGGCAUAGAUGGGUUUCGGGACACUGAGUUUAUCCGUGGUUGUCCGAUUUGAGGCCACGAAUUUCAAUGGUUUGCCCCCAUCUCGGUCUUCUAAGUCGUCUCCUCAUCUAUCAUUCACGAAACCAUGUUGGGUUGUGAAAACGGAGUCGAAUGUUCGGAGAAAAAGGAGGAAGAAGCCGGAUCCGCAUUGUGUGAUAUGUGAGGGGUGUGGAAGGGUUGAUUGCCACCAAUGUGGUGGAAGGGGAAGGACAAACCAGACUCAUUUGGAAAUGCUCCCGAAAGGUGAAUGGCCAAUAUGGUGUAGGACUUGUGGUGGAAGUGGUCUUGAUUAUUGCUCACGUUGCCUUGGGACUGGAGAGUAUAGGUAUAUCAUGGGCUUCCAAUUCAUGAACCAGGAUGAUAAUCAAUCUCAAGAAAACAAGUCUUAGCCUUUUCUUGUCUUGGAUGAUAGUACUAGAUUCAAGGUAUUAGAGAAUGUCUAGAUGCGACAACUUUACUUGUAAUUGCUGAAUGACUAGUGUCAAUCACAGUAUGAAAAACCUUGAUAUAUAGAUUGUUCCAAGUCUCA